AACUUUCAAAUUACCUGCAGAUUCCAAUCUGUAUUUUUUUUAAAGAAAAGAAGAGAAUGACUUAAAGGAAUGUUUGUGGUUUCUUUGUCAUUUAGUGGAAGCAGACUUUGCUACUGUUAGAGGCAUGAGCUGCUGUUGUUGCUUGCAAAGGGCAAUGUUCCAGUGAGUUUCUCUGUAGUGUGUUUCAGCUGCACAGCACUUCCUGUUUAUUCAAAAAUCUUUUUUACAAUUCUGCAAACCCCCCUCUCCAGUCACACAGCCAGAACAACACAAGCUCUGCAAGGAGACCAGAUCUAAAGCAAGGAGACCAGAUCUAAAGCAAAAAGGGACCUGCUGCAAAAGCCCAAACUCUUUAAAAAACAACAACACACUUUUUGUUUUCAGUAACUUUUUUUUUUUUUUUUUACUUCUUCCUAACUGGGAUCCAACUUUUAUUAUUUAUUAAACAAUUCUUGGUUGCGCACGAACCUUCCGCGUGGUGCGAUUUGAAAUUCAAAGCACAGAGGUUCCUCCAGUUGGCUCCGCUUUGGUUCCUGCGGGGUCUUUACGCACGGAAUUCUUACUUUAUUUCGGAUAGGCCCUGCAGGUUGCUAGGCAGCUAUUGUUACACCAGCAACAAGUUAGUGGCAUUAAAGCUCACAAGCGGCAUGAAAAGCAGACGUCUCUCCAGGUUCCAGUUUCAGUGGCUAUGAUGACACCCCAGGUUAUAACACCCCAGCAAAUGCAACAGAUUCUUCAGCAGCAAGUGCUUACACCACAGCAGCUACAAGUCCUGCUUCAACAACAGCAGGCACUCAUGCUUCAACAGCAGCAGCUUCAAGAGUUCUAUAAGAAACAACAGGAGCAGUUACAGCUACAACUUUUACAGCACCAACAUGCAGGAAAACAGCAGAAAGAGCAACAGCAAGUCACCAGUCAGCAGAUGGCGUUCCAGCAGCAACUUAUACAGAUGCAGCAACUGCAGCAACAGCACCUGUUAACCUUACAACGCCAAGGUCUACUAUCUAUUCAGCCAGGCCAACCUGCCCUUCCCCUGCAGUCUCUUGCCCAAGGCAUGAUUCCAGCAGAGCUGCAGCAGCUUUGGAAAGAAGUAACGAGCUCUCAUACGGCAGAAGACGCCACAUGCAACAACCACAGCACUUUGGACCUCUCUACAACAUGUGUCUCAUCGUCAGCCGCGCCAAAGCCCUCUUUGCUCAUAAACCCACAAGCGUCCACAAAUGGACAGGCGUCAGUGCUCACUCCUAAACGAGAGAGCAUCUCCCACGAUGACUACAUGCAAAACCACCCCUUAUAUGGACACGGGGUAUGCAAGUGGCCAGGCUGUGAAGCUGUAUGCGAUGAUUUUCCAUCUUUCCUCAAACAUCUCAACAACGAGCAUGCGUUGGAUGACAGGAGUACAGCCCAGUGUCGAGUUCAGAUGCAAGUAGUGCAGCAAUUAGAGCUACAGCUUUCAAAAGACAAAGAACGGCUCCAAGCCAUGAUGACGCAUUUGCAUGUGAAAUCAACGGAACCAAAAUCAAGUCCCCAACCUCUUAACCUUGUAUCUAGUGCUACCCUCUCAAAGACGGCGUCAGAAGCAUCCCCACAAAGCUUACCUCAUACUCCUACUACCCCAACCACGCCACUCACUCCUAUAACCCAGGGACCUUCCGUCAUCACUACCACCAGCAUUCACAAUGUGGGUCCAAUAAGGAGACGGUACUCUGAUAAAUAUAAUGUACCUAUCUCUUCAGUUGACUUUUUUAUUACAGAUAUUGCACAGAACCAGGAGUUCUACAAAAAUGCAGAAGUUAGGCCACCCUUUACAUACGCAUCUUUAAUUAGGCAGGCAAUUCUUGAAUCUCCGGAAAAGCAACUAACACUAAAUGAAAUUUACAACUGGUUCACGCGAAUGUUUGCAUACUUCCGACGCAAUGCAGCAACGUGGAAGAAUGCAGUGCGCCAUAAUCUUAGUCUUCACAAGUGUUUUGUGCGAGUAGAAAACGUAAAAGGGGCAGUAUGGACAGUGGAUGAAAUAGAAUUCCAAAAAAGGAGACCACAAAAGAUAAGUGGUAGCCCGUCACUAAUUAAAAAUAUUCAGACCAGUCACGCCUACUGCACACCUCUUAAUGCUGCGUUACAGGCAUCAAUGGCUGAGAACAGUAUACCUCUAUACACUACUGCUUCGAUGGGCAAUCCUGUUCUGAGCAGCUUAGCCAACGCAAUGAGGGAGGAGCUUAAUGGCGUGAUGGAGACGAACAGUAACGAAAGUGACAGCAGCCCUGGUCGUUCCCCUAUGCAACCAUUAUCUUUGUAUUCUUUAAUUAGACAUCACGUUCAUGUUAAAGAAGAGCCACUGGACCCAGAUGAUAACGACGGCCCUUUAUCACUAGUCACAGCCAACCACAGUCCAGAUUUUGACCAUGACCGAGAUUAUGAAGAUGAUCCUGGAAAUGACAUGGAAUAAAAACAAAACAAAACGUGUCUCAUAUCAUUAUCCUGAGAAUGAAGACAGUCUGAUAUGCUGGGAUCGUCCUUCGUUAAUGUACAGUCUACAUGGAUCCCAGAAUAUGUUGACAACUGUUAACUCUUAGUGCCAUCAAGUAACCCAUUUGGGAGUAUUUUCGAUUUUUCUACUUUUUUGUUGGAAAAAAAAAAACAAACAAGAAAAAAAAAAAAAAAAAAAAAAAAAAGGAAUUUGUACUCUGUGCAUUAAAUGGACUUGUUUGGUACUCGGAUUUUCCUCUCUUACAGUCAACAUCAGUGUUGUAUAUUUGCUAAACAGAUUUCACUUCUUCAUGCAAAACAGAACUUUAGACAGCAGUUUUUUCUGAAAUGAACACUUUGGACAAUAUAAGCAUGUGGCGUCGAAACUGCAGGUCACCCCAUCGCCUAGAUUUUAAGGAUUCAAAUGGACAACGUAUUUGCACAGUACUGCAUGUUAUAUUGAUUAUCACUGCCUUCAAAUCAAUUCUUUUGCUUCCAUUUUGGGAUGGGGGAUGACCUUUUUAUAUACAUAUAAAUAUAUGUAUGGAACAGAUAGGAGGCAGAGUAAUUAUCCCAAUAUUCUUAAUGUAUUGCUUUGUUUUAUUUCUUGUACCACAGUUUCAGUUCUGACCUCAGGCCUAUGCUACAGGCCCAAUGCCUCUUUUGAGGCUAGUAAGUUUUCUGUACCUUGUGAUGAAUGUUAACUGUUUUUAUUAUUGGAGCCGAAUGUCAUUCACUUGUUUGUACUUCUGUCAUUCAUUCCAGAUUCUUUAAUUUGACCACCCUAUAUGUUUAGAUGAAAACACAAUCAUUCCAUUCAUUUUUAUUUAUAUAUAUUAUAUAUAUUUUUUUUAUGUUUUUCUUUACAAAACUACCCUUUAUAAUGACUUGGACGUCUGUCAAACCAUGUCAUAGCAUAUGAAUAAGAAUGAAUGACAACCAUAGGAAAAUUAUAUAAUGUGAAGACAGUUCAUUCUGGUGUUUCAACUCUGGCAGUUACAAAAUAGGAGGAAAAUUGCCAUUUAUGAUUACACCACCAGCACAAUGGCAUUUUGCAAUGCGCAGUUUCCACUUCUGCAUUAAAACGUUGUGGUUUUCAAAAGCUGCAAGGUCUACUUUCACCAAAUUAUAUUUCUGCGCUGUCUCGCCGCUAUCAUCUUUUAAAUUUGCGGCAAAUUUGUUGGCGUUAGCCUUGUUACUGCCAAUAGGAUAGCCUGUAUUUUUCAGUGCAAAUUAAUACAAUUGUCUAAAAGUUGAUCAUCAAACUGGUAACAUUUACAUGUGGAAUGGUAUGGAUGUAAUGUUUGUGUAUAUAAAUCUAUAUAUGCUGCAUAAAUAGGAGGUAAGAUGCUGUGUAAAACCCAAUCUGAUAUAGCUUACAAUGAAAGUAAACAAUGCAUGGUCUCUCUGAGUUAACAUUUUCCUUUGUAGUCCCAACUUAUAAAGGUUUUUGAGAGCAGUCCUGCACAAGCCAUUUAUACCAAGACCAUUAAAAUAUAUACAGAUCAAACACUUACCCAGUACAAUACAAUACGUUUUUGUUUUGGCAAAACUGUACAGUAACUUAAUACUGUGGGGACUUUUAAAAAAGAAACAAAAUUGAUAUUUUCUUUUGUAAUUGAUUUUUUUUUCAACUUUAAAUAAGAAAAACAAUCACGUUGUAUAAUAUAUUCGGUAGAACCCAAACUGUCCCAAUGCAAUAGAACAUUUUAGCAUUUUAAGCCUCAGUUUGUAAACUUGAUAAAAACUUUACAUUUUGAGACAAGGGUUUUAGUAGCUUUGAUGUUUUGACUUUGUUACGACUGCAAUAUAAGUUGCUUUAGGACUGCACUUUUAAAGCAUGGCAAUUUUUAUUAUUGUCCUUAUUUAUGAAAUGCCAGCUUAAUCUGUAAGAUAUAUAUUUUUUUGUUUUACUAUAUAAGCACUGCAAACAACUGUCAUUAAAUUUGCAAACACAUGAACCUCCAACCAUUUUCUCAUUUAUCUACUUAACGUAGAAAAUUAUUUUUUUCUUUGAAAAUUACAAUUCAAUUAGAAUCUUAACCCCUGGAAAAUCCUGCAUUUUUUUUUGGCAGUUUAAAUAAUAUUCACAAAAAUUGUGGGUAUUUUAUUCCUAUUUUCUAUUUCCUUUAAAAUUACCAAAGAUUUAACAUAAAGGUAAAUUAUGUUCUUUGUUAUAUGCUUUAUAUUACAAGGCCAAAUAUCCUCUUAUUGUUGAACAAAGGGGGCACACAAACUUAGAUGGAAAGUGCUAAUGACAUUGAAGAUCAAAACUUGUUAUUAGGACCUUUUCCCAGUUAUAGAUGAACAUAGACCAUAGACCUCAAAACCAAAGUUUAUUUUAGUUGUAAGGGUCUUUUUUUUUUUCUCUCCAGAGAGAUUAAGCCACAAAGACAAAUAUAAUGAAUAUUAUAAAUAUAAUUUGAAUUGUGUAGGAAUUCCAGUUUCUCUGGAAAUAAAUGUAAGAAGUACUAUUUUUUUCUGGUGGAGAACGUAAAAAUAAUUAAAGAGAGGUUUUCCAAGAUUUAAAAAAAUAAAUAAAAAAAAAUAGAGGCAUUUAUCUGUUAAACAGACAACCUUUUUUUUUAAAAAAAAAUAAUAAUUAAUUUAAGCUUAAUUAAUCAGUCUUGUCGGAAUUAUUUUAAAAAUGAUGUAUUAGAUAAGUCACAUUAGAAAAUAUUACAAAUCUAAAGGUUUAAACAUGUUGCCAUUUUUAAGAUAUUUAGAUAAAAAAUAUCAUGAGUUCUCUGCUAUACUUACUCUGACCUUUUCAUGGAAGUACAGUAGUUUCUAAAAAUGGAUCAUGUAACUUUGAAUACCCCCUUGAAAAUAGAAUAAUAUCAUUGAGGUUUUUUUUGUGAGGUUUCUAAUUAAUUUAACCUUUUAAUAUAAAUAAAAAGUUAUCUUUGCAAAUAAAUCAUCUGUAUGCCAAUUCAGCAAAACCCAAACUUUUUUUUUUAUUAUUAUUUGUCAAAUUUAAGACAUUUUAAUAAAGAAAAAAACCCAAUAAAAUAGCUAACAAAACACUGCACAGUCAUUUUGGUAUUAUGAGCAGAGAAGAAACAUACAUUAUUCAAAAAAAGAAACAUACAACCUCUCUCUAGUAGGUACUUUUAGUCCAGUUUUCUAUUAUAAAGGUAAUCACUGGUCAUUUCUUCAACUUUUUUUAAAAAAAAUUAAUAUUUUAGUGCAGGCAGAUUUGAAUUUUUCAGACUUAAAUCAGCAACAAGCAGUUUUUUUUUCUGGCUAGUUCAUAAUUUAAAUGGGGGAUGCAAAAUUGAAAAAUCUGUUCAUUAUUAGCAUGUUUAGCUAGACAUGAAUAAAUACAGAUGCAUGAGUAACCAUUAGUGAGCAAACCUCAGCUCAUCCCUUUAAUAAAUACUUAUGAACGCAGAUACAUUUCACUAAGUUGCACUUAAUUGUAUGUCUUGCAUGCUUCGUCUUAAAAUUGUAGCCAUCUUUUUUUAAAUAUUGAAAAAAGUAAAAGAAUUAAUUUCUUUAAGUAUCAUGCAAGUGUCUAACCCUUGUAAAAGAACAAAAUAACUAACAAAUCUCAGGAUUUUAGCAUCCAAUUUUUGAGAUUUAUAUAUAUAUAUAUAUAUAUAUAUAUAUAUAUAUAUAUAUAUAUAUAUAUAUAUAUAUAUAUAUAAAAUAAACAUUUUUUUUAAUUCAAAUUCCAUUAACUGUUGCCCGUAAUUUGUAACAUUGAUAUUGUAUAUAAUUUUCCAAUAUGUCUGUAAGCAUUUUGGGGGGCUGGGAAAUAUUUUUAUUUUUUAUUACCCUUUGUACUUUAUUUUAAUUUUUUUUUUUUAAUAAUAUUCCUUGCAAGGAAUAAAUGCAUACUUGUUUGUUAAACCCGAUUUGCUUUAUUGUGCAACUGCUUUAUACUCGCUUUGGAAAAAACUACUGUAUGUACCAGAAUUGCAGAAUAUGCUGCAUAUGUAUUUUAUUUGUCAUCUUUGCUUUAAAAUAUAGGAUGACCUUUGCUGACAAUGUGGGAGGAAAUCCCUGACCAUUUUGCUUCAAAUUGUAACAUAGUUGACCGAUUAUUAUUUUUUUUUCUAUCAUUGAUUGAAGCAUUUUGUACAGUUUUUGUGUUUUUUGCUGGUUUUUGAUACUUUUCAGCCCUUUUACGUUAUUUUACCACUGCCUUUUCUGGCUGUCUUAAAAAAAAAGGUUCAUACAUUUAAAGACAAAAAAAUGGUUUUAAAAGUGUUUUCUCCUGCAGUAAGUAUUUUGCAUGACGAAAUCUGGGAUUACACUUUCAAAGUUUAUCAGUAAAGUCUUGAUUAAAGUACGAGGAGUGUAAAACUAGUAAACUUUUGUAUAAACUACUUUACAAGGUGCCAAGAUGUAAAGAUAAAUUUGUUACAUGUUUUUUUUUUUUUCUCAAAGAAAAGCGUACAUUAUCAGAGUAGAACCAUGUAUCAGGUAAAUCGCUGUCAGGAAUGAGUAAAUGCCUUCUCUUUUUUUGUACAAUGUAAAAAUUGUACUAAACUUUGGAAUUCUGCAUUUUACUAGCAGUAAGAGGAAGCAUCAAGGCUUAUGUUGCACUAAAUUAUGGGGGGGGGGGGAGAAUAUUGUACAACUGUGCCGUAAAUCUGGUAACCACAGAUAUAUAUAUACACACACACACACACAUAUAUAUAUAUAUAUAUAUAUAUAUAUAUAUAUAUAUAUAUAUAUAUAUAUAUGUAUAUAUAUAUGUGUAUAUAUAUAUAUAAAUCAUUUUUUAUUUUCUAUUUGUCAUUUGUAGAAAAAAAAACUCAUUGGCCAAAAGUUUAAUCAAACGGUUUACAAUUUCUUCAUCAUUUUAAUUGUUUAAUAUUCCUGGCUCACUCCCCCCACCCCAUUGUACCAGUCUGUUUUUAUAAUUUUUGCUUAGUGGAAUGGCAUUAAGCAGUUGUUUUAUGGUUUGACAAACCAGAUUUUCAAGGCUUGCAAUAUUAUCCCGACCUAAGUACACAAACUUGCAUUAGCCCAUAAGCCUUGAUGACAAUGGUACAAUCCCGACUGUUAGUAUGAUGCUUCAUGUGUAUGUGCUGUCAGUAACGAGAUAGUUUGUUUUGAAAAGGCAUAAAAAGGAACUCAUUCCUCACAUCAAGUUUAAUUCCAUCAUUCCAUGUCUGUUGAUACAGACAAUAAAAUGUUGUGUGGUCAGUAAUGAUUACUGACAUUAUAGCAUUCUCAAAUGCAAUAAAAUGCUGGUUGUUCACACUG